CCCGGAAAAAUGUGAUAUGUGAUUUGCAUUUGUUCCGUCUGCAUUAGUAGAGAAAAUGGCUUCAGAUGAAAAUUCCUUGCAAGCCUUGGAAGGGCUUAUGAAUGAAUUCUUUGCUGGCCAAACAACUAAUGAAAGGAAAAGAGAAAUUGAAACAAUUCUAAACAGUUUUUGUCAGACAAGAGAUGCUUGGAGACAUAGUUUAUACUUCCUUGCCAAUACACAGAAUGAAUAUGUUAUGAUGUUUUGUAUGACAGCAAUGGAGAACAUGAUAAAUAGACAGUGGAUUGGUCUGAGUGCAGAAGACAAAUUAGUGAUUAGAUCAACCUUAAACCAGUUUUUACUUGAACAUCAUACGAAGGUUCCAAAUUAUAUACGAAACAAACUGGUGAAAGUAAUAGCAGAUAUAGGACGUAUUGACUGGCCACAUUUCUAUCCAGACUUCUUGUCAAACAUUUUACAGUUGACAUCCCAAACAGACACUGUAUUGUUAGGAGUGAUAAUACUACAGACUGUAUCAGAAGAAUUAGCAACACCAAGAGAAGAUCUGAGUAUGGCUAGGAAGGAAGAAUUACAACGUCUACUGAUAAUUCAAGUGCCAAAUAUACUUAGUCUUAUUAACAAUAUAUUAGAAUCUGUUUUGGAGAAACACCGACACUUGGUGGCUGCUACACCUCCACCCUCUCCAACAUCAGGAGAACGAACAACUCAUAGAGGAUUGGAAUCUUCAAUGUUACUGAUUUCAUCUUCACCAUCAGAUACCAUCCUUAGUAACAUGUUCAAGUCACCUGGUCGUCAUGUCCAAGUAGAAGCAUUGCCACCUUUGGAUGAUCAGUCUAAACUUUUAUGUACACAUGCAUUGACAACAUUAUCACAAUAUUUUAGUUGGAUUCCUCUGUCUUCAACAAUAACGCCACAAUUAUUAAGUACUAUAUUUCAUUUUGCUGGUUUUGGUUGUGAAACAAAAUCGUCUUCCUCAUCAUCCACCUUUAACACUAAUACUCAAUCUUUAGGAAUUUUAGCAAUGAAUUGCAUCAAUGAAUUAUUGUCUAAAAACUGUGUUCCUGUAGAAUUUGAAGACUUUCUGUUACAAAUGUUUCAACAGACAUUUUAUCUUCUACAAAAGUUGACAAAGGACAGUAGUACAAAUUCAACUGGAAAUCGAUUGUCUGAAAUUGAUGAAGGAUAUUUAGAGAAAUUUACAGAUUUUUUAAAGUUGUUUGUUAGUAUACAUCUAAGACGUUUUGAAAGUAAUCCCAAAUUUUCUGUGAUGGAAUUUUUAGCUUUGUUCCUUAAAUACACUUUUAGACAACCAACUUUUGAUGGAUAUUAUAAUUGUUUAGAUACUUGGAAUACAUUCCUUGAUUUUAUCCACACAAAGGAAAGAACUGCUGAAUGGAAAUCAAUUAUAACAAGAUAUCAAGAAGCUUUACUGACUCUAGUAUCCCAUAUUUUACAUAAGUUACAGUUUAAAUAUAACCAGUCACAGUUGGAGGAGCUAGAUGAUGAUAUACUGGAUGAUGAUAGUGAAACUGAAUGGCAACAGUUCAUUAGACAAAGUUUAGAAGUUGUUGCUAAAGUGGCUGAAAUGUUAACUGCAGAAACUUUCCAGCUUUUGUACCAGCCAUUCAGUGAGAACAUGCAUGUUUACCACAGUUUAGAACAAUAUAUUGCUGCUAGUGGUAAUAAAAGACAUCUCAUAAUCUCAGCUGAAAAUGAAUGUAGACGCUUACAUUGUUCCUUAAAAGAUCUUUCAUCAUUACUGCAAGCAUUAGGGAGAAUGGCAGAACAUUUUAUUGGUGAAAACUUCCCACAAAGACUAUCUGAUGGUACCAUGCUGUUAGAAAAGCUUGUAAGCUGUGUAGAAUAUGGUACGAAAACUAAAUUAUAUGAAGUCAGAUCUACAGUACAGAAUGUUUUGGAUGCAGAUUUUCAGUCAGUACAAGCACAAGCCAUAGCAUCAGUUAAAGCAUUUUGUCAUUGGUUAUCACAGUAUUACAAUGAAGUAAAUAAAGAACCACAGAUGAAGCAGAAAUUUAUAUCUAUGAUGACCACAUUGUUAGAAGCUGUUACACCAUUAUUUUCUAGUCAGGUACCAGAAAGAAUAGUUCAUUCUGCAGCACAUCUUGUUUUAUCAAUAACAACUACAGUAAAACCCGCCUUUCUGCUCCAGCUUCCCUGUAUACAGAAUUUAUUAUCCUCUGUAACACAAGGUACACUGGACAGUCUAACAACAGAGGUACAACUUCUGGUAUACAGAUCAAUGUCAAAUGCAUUAAUUCUACCUUGGCCAAAUGAGUCGGAUGCUGGUCAAAACUGGACAGAGAGAGCUUCACAUCACCAAAUUUAUGUACAACAGAUAGCCAGGAAUGUCCUGCUGUUAAAGUCUGAACUGGGUAAUCCCAAACAUCUGAGGGAAGAUUCUACAAGUAAACAAGUGAUAAGAAAGGCAUUGAGUAUAUUCCAGGAUUGGAUUGAGGCUGUCUCUGGAGAAGUUGUGAAAAGUAAACAGAUCUGCUAUCAGUCAUUACAAGAAGUCAUUCAAGUGUCCAUAGCAUUGUUUCCAAUCUAUCUACAUCCCCCAGAGGUAGAAGUAAUAGAAGCAAUGAUGAGUUUCUUUUUAUCCCUGUUUCAAGGAUUGAGAGUGCAGAUGGGUGUUUCAUUCACUCAACAGACAAUAACAACCUUUAUGUCACUUUUUACACAACAACAGUUGGCAGAGACAAUUUUCCAAGAAAGUAGUGCUGCCCACAGAGUUGUAGAAAAAUUUUUAAAGAUAUUAGAAUUAGUGGUACAAGAACCUGGGUCAGCUUUCAAGUCAUUCAUACCAAGUGUUAUAUCCAUAUGUAUAGAUCAAAUCUACCCUAUCAUUGCUCAGAGACCAUCACCAGAUAUGAAACUAGUCCUGUACAAUCUUCUGCAUGAACUUCUGGUUCAUAACUGGAGAUAUUUCUUUAAAAGUAAUGUACUAAUGAAAAUGAACAACCAGCCUGAACAAGUGGAGAAUGUUCAACAGUUCACAGCCGUUCUUCAGUCAUACGGCCAAUCUUUUCUGCAACCAGAUAUUGAUGUUUUCAGACAGAAUUUAGAAUCAUUAGAAAAUCUCAACUUCAAAUGGAAACUCUACAGCAAGACUAUCUUUGCCCAAGGAAUGUUGACACAGUUUCUAAAUGUUUUAUUACAAGUUCUUGUACAUAGAUCACAUGACCUUCUUCAAGAGGAGAUAACUGUUACUAUUCACAAUAUGGCAUGUGUAGAUUUUGAAAGAUUUUAUAAUGACUUCCUUCAUCAGUUUCUCUCAGAUUGUGAAGGGCUUCUUCCUGAUCAGAAGAGUGUUUUACAACAAAAUUUCAAAACAGAAAAGGAUUUACCAUCAUUCAGUCAAAGUAUACAGAGAUUUGUUAAUGAUCUGAGAUAUUACAGACAAGUGAACAGUAGUCUACCAGAAGGAUCUGUCAAAUUCUGAAAUAUGCAGCCAUUGAUGAUAACAAUCAGAUAUGCAACCAUUGAUGAUAACCAGUUUAAAAUAUCAGGGACAUAUUCAGACAUUGUAAACAGUUUGAUUUUGGACAAAUCAUAUAAAAAAAACUUGGUGCCAUCAGAUUUAUCUUUUUAAACAACAGGUUUGCUGUAGCUCUUACCACCGACUGUGAUGAACAAAGAGAUUUCACAAUUUUAUCCAUUCUAUUUUUUAUAC